UCCCCCCCGUUGAUAUCUCUGCUCUGCAAACAAGUUAAGACCAUAGCCUUUGAUCGAGCUCCACAAAAAUCUGGAAAAACAAAUUACAGAAUUCAUGAGAAACAAAGGGAGACAAGCCAUGCCAUGCAACAGCUUGCAUUUACAGCUUCUCUGAAGAAGAAUCUAAUAUGAGCCCCGGCAAGUACUGCUGCCGAUGCUCUCCUUGCUUCUCUUCUGGGGGGUAGGUGAGGAGGCCAACUAUAAGAAGAGAUGUUAAGUUUUGGCCUCUGCCUUCAUCCAACAAAGAGUUGAUUCUUCUUGUUUGUGUUUCUGUCCCUUCUGGUUGGUGGGUUGGACUUGCUACAAUAUUAUAUAUAUAUAUAUAAGUUUUCUGGUUUUGGCCCUUCACAUCAUCACCUUCUUCUUCAACUCCAUCAUCAUCAUGGCUUCAUCAAAUAGACACUGGCCUAGCAUGUUUAAGUCCAAGCCCUGCAGCAGCUCCCACCACCACCAAUGGCAGCACGACAUCAACCCUUCUCUCCUGUCCACUGCUUGCCAUAGGCCCCCAUUCACAUCAUCAGCAGCACCUGGAUGUGAAGAAAGAAGCCCAGAGCCGAAACCCAGGUGGAAUCCAAAACCAGAGCAAAUCCGCAUUCUGGAAGCUAUCUUCAACUCAGGAAUGGUGAAUCCACCGAGGGACGAGAUCAGGAAAAUCAGGGCUCAACUGCAAGAGUUCGGCCAAGUCGGCGACGCCAACGUCUUCUACUGGUUCCAGAACAGGAAAUCGCGGAGCAAACACAAGCAACGCCACCUCCAAAACUCCAAACAACCACCCCAACAAAACUUUCCCUCCUCCGCCGGCGCCACCGCGUCGGUGACAACUCCGUCCUCCUCCUCCUCCUCGUCUGAGAAAUCUUCUCCGAAGUCCCUCGACAAGACCUUCUCCGUCGGUUCCGCAAGCGUCAUCGAGAUUUCCAAUUCCCCGACGGUGUCGGUUAACCAGACUUACUUUCAGGCACCGACGGAGUUCUUGCCGGAGCCCUUCUUUUUCCCGAUGCAGCAGACCCCUGGAGCGGCUACGGCUCCGAUUUUCACUCAAGGGUUCUGCUUCCCGGAGCUGCCGAAUGCUGUUCAAGUCCCUGCAGAUCAGAGUUCUGGGAGUUACUCGAGUCUUUUGCUUGGAGAACUGAUGAUGGGGCAUGGCCCUACCAAGAUAGAAGAUAAUCACCAGAAGUUGAAGCUUCAGCAACAGAUGUACUCUCCUCCCACUGCUCCAUCUACCAUCAGUCACAUUCUAGGCGAAUCGGGGUCCAUGGGACCUGCAAAAUCAACGGUGUUCAUCAACGACGUGGCCUUCGAGGUGGCCGCCGGACCCUUCAACGUUCGCGAAACCUUCGGUGAUGACGCAAUGCUGAUCCAACCCUCCGGCCAGCCGGUCGCCACCACCGACUGGGGCGUCACCCUCCACCCUCUCCAGCACGGCGGAUUCUACUACCUCGUGCGCACCUUAACCCCCAUCACCGCUUCCUCAUCAGAAACACGUCUCAUAUGAUUUGGGGUCAAGGGUGGAAGCCGAAGAGAUGGGUUUGUUAGCUAGAAAGCUGUUCUUCACUAGCUAGGGUUGUUUCCAUUUCCUCUCUUAAUUAAAUGUGUUUGAAGGAUAUUAGAAAAUGUGAAAGUUCUAGUUAAUGUACUUUG